AUGCUCAAGUCAACGUAUCGGCCUGCAGCGCCCACGCCGGCGGCCUCUUCUCUCCCAACAGGCUGGACAGAACACAAAGCACCCACAGGACACACAUACUACUACAAUGCCUCGACGGGGCAGUCGACCUACACACGCCCAACAGCUGGUCCUUCAGAAGAGCCACUGCAGAUCGACUAUGGCGCCACCGAACCCGACCAAGUCAUGCGCGCCUCCAUGCAAGCCAUGGACGAAUUCAACAGGAACAAGAGCCAGAACGAUGCCACUGGGCACUUCACAGGCGGACAAAGCUACCAGGAUCGCUCGCGCCGGCGAGGCAACCAAGGCGAUCGACCGAAGUCGAAGGCGCCAAUCCCGAACUGUGCGCCGUGGGUCCUUGUGAAGACCAAGCUGGGGAGACGAUUCGUGCACAACACCGAGACGAAACAGAGUCUGUGGAAGUUCCCGCAGGACGUCAUGAUGGCGGUGAUUGAGAUGGACAGGAUGGAGUGGGAGGCUAAGAAGAAAGCAGAGGCCGAGGCCGAGGCCGAGAAGGACGGGAUUCUUAACAAGGAGGAGGAGCCAGCGCGAGAGAAGUCACAACCGGCGGAUGAUCGCGCGAGCACACCGGGGACAAGGGCGCCAACUCAGACGGUAGGAGGACCGCACGAUCUUGACCACGACAACGACGACUCGUACGAAGAAGUCGAAGUCACAGACGACGAGGGCGAGAACGAUGACGAGGGAGACGAACCAUCCAAACGACGCCGCCUCUCUCAUUCGGCACAGCCGUCCCCCCCACCUGGGCCUCUAGAAUUCAACGAAGACGACAUAGCCUGGCAACUCGCGCAAAUGGAAGCCGAAGCUGAAGGUGACGUCGAGGAUGACUACGUCAACCCAGACGGUCACGGUCACGAUGUAAAUCCGACCGGCGAAGACGACGAGGAAGGCCUGCCCCUAACCGAGGAGGACACGGUCGCGCUCUUCCGCUCGCUCCUCGACGACUCGGGCAUCUCACCCUACGCCACAUUCGAAAAACUCAUCGAGGACGUCCAUGUGGUGGAAGACCAGCGCUACGUGUCCCUUCCCACCACCUCCGCCCGCAGGGAAGCAUUCUCGGGGUGGUCGAAAGAUCGCAUCGCGCAGAUCCAAGCCCUUAAGGCUCAACAAGAAUCCGAACAAUCGGCCCGAAAGCGAGAUCCCCGGGUCGAAUACCUCCGCUUCCUGCACAAGAAUGCCACUCCGAAACUGUACUGGCCGGAGUUCAAGCGCAAGUUCAGACGGGCGCCGGAAAUGGGCGAUCGGAAUCUCCACGACAAGGAACGCGAGAAGAUGUUCCGUGACCUGGUGGCCAGACUCAAGCUGUCGGAGGCGGAGAGGAGGAAGGAAUUGGUGGGGUUGUUGAAAGACACGGCGCAGAAAGACAAGGACGCUUUUAGACCGGCGAUGACGGUGGACGAAUUACCUGACGCUGUUCUCAGGGAUGUAAAGUUCUAUACCCUCGAGGAGCGACGAAGAGACGAGCUUGUGCGCACGUUCCUAGAGACAUUAUAG